AUGGUCUGGCUACGCGAGACUACUGGCAUGGACGAGUCGGAGGAGGUGAGGGUUGUCACGCAGAAGCGUAGAAAGGAUCCCCAAGUGGCCAUGGAAGCGAGCGAAUCGUCGAAUUCAGCGAAAAGAGCGCAAUAUCCACCGGUCGACGUCUCGAAAACGUCAGUAGGUUCUACGACUGGAGUCACUCUUCCCUGUUGUCCUUUAAAUAGCAAGUCUGAAUUUAGAAGAAUACCCGUACCACCACAUGGAUUUUCUCCUCUCAAAGAGAGCUGGAUGAAGAUCUUCACUUCUGUUGUGGAGCAUUUGAAACUUCAAAUCAGACUCAAUUUGAAGACGAAAAAUGUGGAACUGAAAGUAUGA